UGACUGACACUGACUCACCUCAAUGACAGCCAUGAGGAGCCGCAGUGACUAUCGCACCAGGCUGGAACAUUAUGUCUGGCUGGUGAACAACUCUAUCCUGUGCCACCAGAAUCCAGUAACUGGCUUACUACCUGCCAGCUUGGAACACAAGGAUGCUUGGGUCCGUGACAAUGUAUACGGUAUCUUGGCAGUCUGGGGGCUGGGAUUGGCCUACCGCAAAGUCUCUGAUCGAGAUGAGGAUAAAGCAAAAUCCUAUGAGUUUGAACAGUCAGUGGUGAAACUCAUGCGUGGACUGCUGCGAUGCAUGAUGAGACAGGCGGAAAAAGUUGAAAAAUUCAAGUACAGCCAGAGUCCAUCAGAUGCCCUCCAUGCAAAGUAUAGCUCCACUACAUGUGAAGCAGUGGUUAAGGACAGUGACUGGGGUCAUCUACAGAUAGAUGCUACUUCCCUCUUUCUACUUUUUCUUGCACAAAUGACUGCUUCAGGGCUUCACAUAAUAUUUUCACUGGAUGAAGUGAAUUUUAUACAGAAUCUGGUGUUUUAUAUUGAAACAGCCUACAAAGUUGCGGAUUUUGGCAUCUGGGAACGGGGAGAUAAGACAAACCGGGGAAUCCCUGAGCUCAAUGCCAGUUCUGUUGGCAUGGCUAAAGCAGCUCUUGAAGCAGUUGAUGAGUUGGACCUUUUUGGUGCCAAAGGAGGCCCCGAAUCAGUUAUUCAUGUCCUGUCUGAUGAAGUGCAACAUUGUCAAUCUAUUCUUAAUUCAAUGUUACCAAGAGCUUCAAAUUCCAAAGAAAUUGACUCUAGUCUGCUUACAGUCAUCUCCUUCCCGGCAUUUGCAGUAGACAACCGCAAACUUAUUUCAGUAACUAAACAACAAAUUAUUGAAAAGUUGCAGGGUCGUUAUGGUUGCUGCCGUUUCCUUCGAGAUGGCUAUAAAACUCCCAGAGAGGAUUCAAAACGGCCUUAUUAUGAACCUGCAGAACUGAAGCAUUUUGAGAAUAUAGAAUGUGAAUGGCCAGUGUUCUGGGCGUACAUGGUACUGGAUGGUUUGUUCAGUGGCAACACGUUGCAGGUUGAAGAGUACAGAGAGGCCUUGGAGCGAGUUGCUAUUAAGGGAGAAAAUGGUGUUAGCUGGUUACCUGAACUUUAUACUGUUCCAGAAGAUAAGAUGGAUGAAGAAUAUAAGAACCCGCACACUGUCGAUAGGGUUGCAUCUGGUAAAAUGCCACACAUCUGGGGACAAUCUUUGUACAUCCUUGGGGGUUUACUGGCAGAGGGACUUCUUGCUCCUGAAGAAAUUGAUCCCAUGAACAGAAGAUUUGCUGCUUCUUUCAAACCAGAUGUUGUUGUCCAAGUGGCCAUACUUGCAGAAACAAAAGAAAUAUAUGAUAUGUUGACCAAGAAAGGAAUCCACGUGCAAUCCAUACCUGACAUCCACCCUAUCCGUGUGCAGCCAGCUCGUAUUCUUUCUCAUAUUUAUGCAAGACUCGGGCGCAAUAACAGACUGAGGCUUAGUGGCCGGCCCUACCGGCAUAUGGGUAUUAUUGGUACCUCAAAACUGUAUAUUAUUAGAGAUGAAAUCUUCGUUUUUACACCUCAAUUUAUAGAUCAAAACCAGUUUUAUCUGGCCCUUGAUAACCGCAUGAUUGUUGAGAUGCUUCGAACGUACUUCACGUACUUGUGUGUUUAUUGGAGAAUGACUGGGCAGCCCACGGUGACGUUUCCAGUUUCGCAGAACAUGCUUACUGUGGAUAAAAAAAACAUUGAUCCAGCUGUUCUGUCAACCUUAAGGAAGAUGCAAGAUGGAUAUUUUGGAGGAGCUAGAAUUCAGACAGGCACAUUGUCAGAGUUUUUCGUAACUUCGUGCUGCACUCGUCUAUGUUUUAUGGAUGAGGGAAGUGAUGCAAGCGAGGAUGAAUUGGCAUCGUAUUUGAAACAGCUGCUGGAGAGCACAAAGCCAAAAUCCAACUUGCUGCCAACCACAAAGAAAACUGGUUUAAACCGUUUUCGCGCUGCAGUGCAAACCACGCAGGAACACGUGUCUCUGAUGAACAAAGCCAAAGGAUUUGAUGUUGAAAAUGUCACAAUGUAUCUACCCACCAAGCUGCUCACUUCCUCUCAGCCCAGGAUUAGUCUAGUGUACGAAGCAAAUCCAUCGCAGCAAUCAAACAAAGACCUGGAACCAACAGUGUUGGAAACAAACUUAAAUCUGCCAAAAACGGAAGGUGGUCUUAUAAACUGGAAUGAUGUGGUACAACAGUUGAAAGAUACUUCAAGAUUGGACCUACAAGUUGAAAUACUUUAUGUACUCUACACUGUAAAGGGUAUUGAUUGGGAUACAAAUCUGGAUGGUGUGGCUGGCAGAACUGUUCGUGUCCUCUUGUCAGAGCUGUAUUUAAAGACAGGAUUGACUCGGCGGUGGGGAUUAAUCCGUUAUAUUGCUGGCAUGCUCAAAAUGAAGGUGGAAGAACUUGAUGAGGCUUGCACCUCCCUACUGUCCCAUCAGAAGCACUUAACAGUUGGUCUGCCUCCUGAACCUCGCGAGAGGACCAUUUCAUCACCCUUGCCACUUGAUGAACUUAUCAAGCUGAUCAAUGAAGCCAGUGAAGAGAAUAUCAAUGUGGCUGUUCUCACACAGGAAAUCAUUGUUUACCUAGCAAUGUACAUAAAGACCCAACCCAAGAUGUUUGCUGAAAUGUUCCGACUGCGCAUUGGACUAAUUAUUCAGGUCAUGACAUCUGAACUCACUAACUCUCUCAAUUGUUCAGCUGAUGAAGCAACUGAAAGUUUGAUGUCUAUGAGCCCUUAUUAUCUGAGAAAGCUUCUCUUCCAUAUUCUAAGUGGAAAGGAAUUCAGGUUGGGGCAAAGUGAGGAAUCCAUUCAUCACUUUCACACGAAAUCGUUGAUCGCUGUUAGCGAUAUUCAUACAGUAACAAAAAAUGACGCAGAUGGAACUAAGAACCUAAAGAAUCCGUUGGGAGAGGAAAAGAAAAAGGAAAAAGUUGACUUUUCAACUAUUGAACAGAACAUUAAGCAGGUAGAUGUUCCAGCUGAUAAACAGAUAGUUCAAAAGGCAGAUGUUUCAGCUGCUAAACAGUCACAAAAAACACGUCAGAGUUCUAAUAUAUCAGCUCAGUCACAAAAAACACACCAGAGUUCUAGUGUAUCAGCCAAGUCACCAAAAACACGUCAUUCUGUUACAUCAGCCCAGUCAGAAAGACGUCAGAGUUGUAUUCCGUUAACUCAGCAACCAAAAUCACGUCAGAGUUCUAUUACAUCAGCCCAGUCACCAAAAACACGUCAUUCUGUUACAUCAGCCCAGUCAGAAAAACCACGUCAGAGUUCUAUUCCGUCAUCUCAGCAACCAAAAUCACGUCAGAGUUCUAUUACAUCAGCCCAGUCAGAAAAACCACGUCAGAGUUCUAUUCCGUUAACUCAGCAGAUGAAAACGAGCAGUGAAUCUCUUUUUUCUAUGGAGUCCUCAACGAGCAGUUUGGCUUCCCAUGACCAGCAGACAGGAGAUUCCCGUAGAAGUUCUUCUAUUCAUGCGGAGUUUGAUUCAGCUACUGUGGUUUCAUCUAGACAGUCACAUGAAGAAAUUAUUCCUGGAGCAACAUUGAUGGGUAAUGAGCGUGAAAGCUUUAAAAGUGAUAUCUCCGAAGCCAUUGUCGUGCAGGAAACUAAUGCCUACGAUUCACGCCAAGGACAGUGGUUACGCCGCAGGCGGCUAGAUGGCGCCCUCAAUAGAGUUCCUGUUGGCUUUUAUCAGAAAAUUUGGAAAAUUUUACAAAAGUGCCGUGGGCUGUCCAUUGAAGGUGUCAUCCUUCCAUCCUCGACAACUGAAGAGAUGACACCUGGUGAAAUUAAGUUUGCUGUCCAGGUGGAGACUGUCCUGAACCGGGUGUCACAGCCAGAGUAUCGGCAGCUUCUUGUCGAGGCGAUCCUGGUCCUCACCUUGCUAGCAGACAAGGAUGUAGCUUCCAUUGGAGGAAUUAUUGAAGUUGAACGUAUUGUGCAUUUAGCAGAUGAUAUAUUUUACAUGGAACAGAAAGCCGAGGGUAUUGACGAGAAGUUGCUUGUGAAGGAUUCUGCCACUGGGAUUUGUGAAUUGCUGUAUGACAGUGCUCCAAGUGGUCGCUUUGGCACCAUGACUUACCUGUUGAAGGCCUGUGCAAUGUAUGUGAAAGAAUUCCUGCCCAGCGGUGCAUGCUCCCUGCAAUAGAUUCAAAAAGAUCAAGGUGAAACCAGGGACCCCCAGUUCCCUGAAAUGUGCUGCUUACAAGAAAAUACGAGUGCGGCAAUAUUCAGCUUUGGAAAUGGCUGUUUCCGUGAGCAACUGUGAAGCCCCCUCUCCUAGUCUCUUUAUAGAUUCAAGUCCAUGUUCAGUCACCCACAAUUAUCGAAGAUUGAAUGCAGUUUUGCAGAGGAUUCCAUUUCCCUUAUUGGGACAUCACUGCUGCUUUUUUUGGGUGCCUUUCAUAAACUUGCCCAUGGUUUCUUUGUAAGUAGAAAAUGGAGCGGAUCUGGGCAACACACAUUACCUAGUUUUGUAUCAAUCUUUUUAACGCACCAGCUAAAGUGAGAUACACAAGCCUUUUUGCGCUACAGAGAGGAUGGUGCGCAGUCUACUAUUAAUUACCGGGCUGAUGGUCAUGUUUUCAGAUAACUAAAAAUAUAUAUUUUCUACACCUUGACUUUUAGAAGCAGUAAGAUAAUACAGUUCAAACGGUAUUUAGUACUGUCUCAGGCUCCCAACUCCAGAGAGGUGAGGGCAAACCUUUUUUUUAAUCCGCAUGCCAUAAGGUGCCCACAUAGAUGUAUCAGAUAGUUGCAUGCUAAUGUCAGGGGGGGAAGAAAUAUUUUUAAAAAAAGAACUUGUAUCACUUGCCUGGAGUUGCAGUAGUGAGGGUGCCUCAAUCCUCUCUCUUUCUCUGGCUGAUAGUUUUUUAUAUUCUCGUGUUUUUAAUACAUACAUUUACUGCUGAAUCCUACACACCUGUUACAAGCGGUGAAUUCCAUGAGUGCCUGUUAGGAGGAAGUGCCACUCCUUGGACAGACAUUUAGAAGGUGGGACUCAAGGCGGCAGCCUCUCAAUGCAGGAAGUGUUGCAUUGAAGAUUGUGUUUCCAGCAUAUCAUUAGAAUUGGCCUUGCAUGCUAUGCUGUAGCUUCUCUGUUGCUGCCCCAGAGCUUCUUGGCAUCACCUGGAUUCUAAUGUUGCAUAAAAUCUGGCACCAAGAGCAGAUUUACAGAAUUGUGUUGGCUUGGCAGAGCCCGGCCUCCUCUCAGGAGCAGAUACGAAGAACCUUCCAGACAACAAACUAAACCUCUUGCCUCUUAUUUUAAAAAAGGAAAAAUAAUUUUGUUUGGCCAUAAGAUAUGAGUCAUGUCUUGAAUAUUAUUAAGAAGUAAAAUUCAUUUCAAUUUGUUUCAGAAAUAUGGAGUAUAAAUAUUUUUAAUAGUUAAGGGGGAGAUAGCCGUUUGUUCAUUUUGGCAAUUGUUUGUUGCUUUGUUUAUUUAACGGAUAAUUUACUAAGGGGUGAGCCGUUCAGUAUGUUAACAAAACGUUAUUGUUUGAACAGUGAAUUAGUCAGAACAACUUCAAAAUGGUUUGUGAUUGCAGUUGAUCGUUAUGCUGCAUGACUGCUCCAUAAGUGUUGAACAACAUAAUAGUUACUCUGAGCAUUGUGAAAGGGGUACACAUUACCUGUGUAAUUGGGGGUGAAUCUGGGUCACUAUUCUGAACUGUGAUUAUUCAGGUAGGUACAGUCUUUUGUGUUUUGGACCAAACGCGGUCAUUCUUCAUUGGGUUCAGCACUUUUAAGCAACCUCAAAAAAUAUUUUGUUAAUUGAGUUAUGUACAUGAAGAUCUUUGUUUUGUGGUGCAAGUUAUAUUUUUUUCUUCAGUCAUCUCCUUUCACCUGAACCCAGAUACAUACGUGAUAGAUUUCUUGCAGUGCAUUUCAGUUUAUAGUCAAAUGAGUGGUCAAUGGCUCCACUGAGAACAAGAACUGUCUCAUUUGUGUCUCUCCCAUUAAACUAGGUUCACUGCCAGUUAUACCAAUGCAGGAUAAUUUAUUUACAAGACAAGCAUAGUGGUGGUUAGAAUCAAUACAGGCCAUGAUACAGACAGGCACUGCCGUAACACUCAGUACAGAAUUAUUUAUCAGGCAAUGAUACUGCUGGCUUCAAUCAGAACAAGGUAUGAUACAGACAGAGUAAUCACUUCUAUGCUGCAGUGAAUAUCCAUACUGGUUGCUCCACAGAGGAACGUACAUUGUCAGCAGCAAAUUCCUGGUGGGCACAAAAUGGUGCUAACUGAGCUUCUAAUGCCUGAAAUAUUGGUAGCCUAGGGUUGUGCUCCUACAAUCUAUUUGUUCCCUAUGUAAGGUGCUUACUCCAGAGAAUCACUUUAACAUGCAGCAUACCCGAACUUACAUUUAUGGAGCCCCCUUCACGCGGGGGUAGUGCCUAGAGCGCUUGGUAAUCUGAGUGGUGGUGGAGUUUGGUGAAGAUCUUGGUUCCACUGCAUUUGCAGGCCAACUGCUGAGAACAGACGCCUGGCUGAUGUUAGAAAAAUAUGAUAGCAGAUUUUGUGCAUGCAAUUAUUUGAGAAAAGCAGUCAAUGGGAAGAAGCAAGAACAAGUGCCAUUUUAAGAAAAAAAAUCUUGGUAACUGUUGGAGUGUUUUAGCAGAAAGUGACAAUUUCUAAGAGUUACUGUGUGGCACUUAUCAACUGAAACUUGAUGCCUGUCUUCACUGACAUAGCUUUUGUAAUAUCAGGAAUUUUGCUAAGUAAUAAAUAUCGGAUUGUUACA